GCUCACCUCCGCCAGCCCGACCUCAGCGACAUCCCGGUGCCGCCGGAGCACCGCAAGUUCCAAGGCUAUUACAAAAUCGCCCGGCACUACCGCUGGGCGCUGGGGCAGGUGUUCCGCACCUUCCGCUACCGCGCCGCCAUCGUGGUGGAGGACGAUUUGGAAGUGGCGCCGGAUUUCUUCGAGUACUUCCAAGCCGCCUUCCCGCUCCUCCUGGCCGACCGCAGCCUCUGGUGCGUCUCGGCUUGGAACGACAACGGCAAAGAGCAGAUGGUGGACGUCGCCCGAGCCGACCUCCUCUACCGCACCGAUUUUUUCCCCGGGUUGGGCUGGUUGCUUUUAGCCGAGCUUUGGGACGAGCUCGAGCCCAAGUGGCCGGGCAUGCGCCACCCCGAGCAGCGCCGCGGCCGGUCGUGCGUCCGCCCCGAGGUCUCCCGCACGAUGACGUUCGGGCGGAAAGGCGUGAGCCACGGGCAGUUCUUCGACCAGUACUUAAAGUUCAUCAAACUCAACGACCGCUUCGUGCCUUUUACCCAACUGGACCUUUCUUACCUCAAAAAGGAAGAGUACGAACGUUCUUUCCUCGCCAAGGUUUACGCCGCGCCGGAGGUGAGGGUGGAGGAGCUCCAGGGCAACCGGCGCCGCGAGCUGGGCGCCGUCCGGCUCCAGUACAGCGGCCGCGACUCCUUCAAAGCCUUCGCCAAA